UCUAACAAAAAUUUAUCAAAAUUAGCAAGAAUGAUGGUUGAAAGAUUUUUUUUAAUGCAUCCUUUUCUACUCUAUCCACGGAUUUAACUCUAUCCACGAAUUCAGAGCCUAACCAUUUUGAGUGAUCAAUUAGUCCUUGGAAUGUGGAAAUGACCUAACUACUAAACAUAAUAAUAAUAUAAACGUUAUUGACUGGUUUGAAAUCCAAUGAAAAUGUAACAGAAAAUUCAGAUUGGUACAUGCAGCUUCGAACAAAUUGUUUAUCCCUUUUUUGUCUAAAAAUGGUAGUUUGUUUGGUUUGUUUCUUUAUCCUUUUUCAAACAAUUUCACUACUUUCUCGUCCUUUAAAAACCGUAACCAUUCACCACCUUUUCGUUCACUCAUCUCUUUAUCGUUUUAUAUUGUAUAUUCAAAGAGAAAAGGAAAAUGUUUACAAGUCUGAUUAGCUUCUUGGUUCUUACCGGUUUCUACGCCAGCUUUGGAACCGGUCAACCUCUUGUACCGGCUCUAAUCAUAAUGGGAGAUUCUGUUGUUGAUGCCGGUAACAACAAUCUUCGCCUUACCCUCGUCAAGGCCAACUUUCCUCCCUAUGGACGCGACUUCUUAGCCCACACUGCCACCGGUCGUUUCUCUAACGGAAAACUCGCCAUCGACUUUACCGCUGAGAAUUUAGGGUUCACUUCUUACCCGGUGGCGUACCUUAGCCAAGAUGCAGCAAAUGAGACUAAUUUGUUAACCGGAGCCAAUUUCGCCUCUGGUGCUUCCGGUUAUCACGACGGAACUUCCUUAUUAUACAACGCAAUCAGCUUGACCCAACAAGUGGAAAACUACAAAGAGUACCAAAGCAAGGUGACAAGCAUGGUAGGGAGAGACAAAGCCAACGAGAUAUUCAAAGGCGCGAUUCAUCUUCUUAGCACCGGAUCCAGCGAUUUUCUUCAAAGCUAUUACAUUAAUCCUAUCCUUAAUGCGAUAGUCACGCCUGAUCGAUUCUCAGAUCGUCUCAUGAGAUUUUAUUCAACCUUUAUCCAAAAUAUGUAUGAUUUAGGUGCUAGAAGAAUUGGAGUAACGUCGUUACCACCCUUGGGUUGUUUGCCAGCAGCGAUAACGAUGUUUGGUGGUAUUGGGAGCAAUACGUGCGUCGAAAGACUAAACCGGGACGCGGUUUCCUUCAAUACCAAACUCAACAACACGUCUGUGAACCUAGCUAACAAGCUUCCUGGUCUGAAAUUGGUCGUUUUUGACAUUUAUAAUCCUCUAUUGAACAUGGUCAUGAAGCCUGAAGAGAAUGGGUUUUUUGAAUCAAGAAGGGCUUGUUGUGGAACCGGAACAGUGGAAACUUCGUUUCUAUGCAAUGCAUUAUCGGUGGGUACAUGUUCAAAUGCUACCAGUUACGUGUUUUGGGACGGUUUUCAUCCAUCAGAAGCAGCCAAUCGUGUUCUAGCCGACAAUCUUCUUGGCCAAGGAUUCUCUCUCAUUUCCCAAACCUAAAUUAAAAGAUUCAAACAAUUAAGAUGACGUGACCAAAAUGUAUUAUAGACUAAUUAGCCUAAACAAUGCUUGCCUGCUUGUUUUCUUUUAGUCAUCCGCAUUCAAUGUAUUUACCAUCUCAUGUAAGAAAAAUACAAAAGAUAGUGAUCCACUAAACUAUGCUUCCAUAAUCACUGCAAAAUGUUUGUUUGGCAAGCAUCCUUGGUCAACUAUUUAGUAAAUGUCAAUAUUUCUAAGCUUCCAACAAUACAGACACCUCAAGUAAAUUUCUCCACUACAAUAUCAGAAUAGUCGGACAGAGAAGGUUUAUCCAUAGCCAUUUAGCUCCCCAGCGCUCUUAAAUUCAUUCAUGUUCAUUUAGAUUUUUUGAAUCAAGAAGGCCCUGUUGUGGACAACGGAAACCUUGUUUCUAUGCAAUGCAUUAUCGGUGGGUACAUGUUCAAAUGCUAGCAGUUACGUGUUUUGGGACGGUUUUCAUCUAUCCGAAGCAGCCAAUCGAGUUCUCGCAGACAAUCUUCUUGUCCAAGGAAUCUCUCUCAUUUCCUAAACCUAAAUUAAAAUAUUCAAUCCGUUAAGAUGACGUGACGAAAAUAUAUUAUAGACUAAUUAGCUUAAAUAAUGCUUGCUAGCUUGUUUUCUUUACUUAGUCAUCCGCAUUCAAAAUUUCUCACAUUUAAUAUCUUUACUAGCAAUCCCAUGUAAGAAAAGUGUAUUUAUUUAGUUUUGUUUUAUGUUAGCAAUCCUUUUUUUUUUGGUGUAAAUGUUAAAUAUGUUAGCAAUCCUUCUAACUUAAUAUGAUAUCAAAUCCUGAUUUAUGUAAUCAAAUUCAAUCUACGAUGGAUCAAACUUAAUGCUGGUCCAUCAAUCCAUUUCAGAGCGUAAUAAUGACAUUAUCCAUCGUGAUCUUAAAUAAUACUCUCACUGUAUUUAAAAGAUUGUUGUUUAAGAUUUCCACACAUUUUAAUAAAAAACUAGAAUAUGAUCCACGUUUGAAAUUGCAUAAAUAUUUUUAACGAAAUAUAAUUUACAAUGUCAAUAGAUUUUAGCAAUGUUUUAAUAUUUUUAUUUUAUUGUAUUUGAAAAUUAUAUAAUUAUAUUAUUUUAUAUCUCUCUUAUUAAAAAAAUAAUUAAUUUUGUUUUUAAUUAUUUCAACACGUUUUAUUAUAAAUUUUAAUAAAAUAUCUCUAAUUUGUUUGAUUAAAAUAUUAAUAUAUUGACUCUAACAUUUUAUUUAUAUAAAACUAUUUGAUGUUAACUUAAAUCAAAUAUUAAUAUAAUCUCGCAUAUAGAAUUAUGUGUUCUUAAGAAUAAAAACAAUUUAAAAUUAAGAAUCUAAUAUUUAUUAAGUUUAAAGGACUGCAGUUUUUAUUUAUAAAAAUGCAAUCAAUAUAAUCUAUUAAUUUAAUUAAUU